AUGACUGGCAGGCCACAGGUCGAUGGCGACGGCAUCGAGCCGCCGCCGGCGGGUGAGACCCAAGAGAAGAAGGCGAGCAGGGUCACGGCCGAGAGGUAUGACGAGCAGAUUCCCCACGAACUGCUCGAGACGCUGGCGCCCAAUGGCGAGGGCGACUACGUUCUCGAAAAGAUCAACGCCAUGUCGGAGGAAGAGGCCAUCUCCAUCCUUCGGCAGUCUCUCGAGUUUCACACGGAUGAUUGGAACUUUCCGUCCGACAUGAGGGAGCGUAUGCAGAAGCUCUUGCUCGGUCCCAAGGCCUACGGCGAAUUCUACGACCGGGACCUGCGCGUCGACGCCGUCAUGAUGAGGUGGUCCUCGCCCUACCCCGGCGUUCGUGCCGUCGCCAGUCCGGUCGACGAACCCGACGUUCCCACCGAGACGAUCCGAGCCUACUUCCUCGGCAUCGGUUGGGCCGUGAUAGGAACCUUCAUGUCCACCUUCUUCAACAGUCGCUUCCCAGCCAUCGGCCUCAACGGUUCCGUCAUCCAGAUCCUGCUCUUUCCUUGCGCCAAGGGCCUCGAGAGAAUGCUCCCCGACUGGGGCUUCUCCGUCCGGGGCCGCCGCCAUUCCCUCAACCCCGGCCCUUGGACCUUCAAGGAGCAGAUGUUUGCCACCAUCACGUACAACAUCGCCAUAUACACGACCAACAGCUACGGCAUGAUCCUCGUCCAGAGCUCGCCCGUCUACUACGGCCUCGGCUUCGUCACCUUUGGCUACCAGCUCAUGCUGACGCUCUUCGUCCAGCUCAUGGGCAUGGGCUUUGCCGGCUACCUCCGGCGAUUCUCCGUCUACCCCGUCAAGGCCCUGUGGCCGACGAUCCUGCCGACCAUUGCCAUGAACAGAGCGCUCACCAAGCCCGAGCCGCGGGAGAACAUCAACGGCUGGACCAUCUCGCGAUACAGGUUCUUUUUCGUCUCCGCCUCGGCCAUGUUCGUCUACUACUGGCUUCCCGGCUACCUCUUCACCGCCAUGUCCCAGUUCAACUGGAUGACGUGGAUCGAUCCCGAGAACAUCACGCUCGCCAUCCUCGGGGGGUCCAACCUCGGGCUGGGCCUCGUCAACCCGGUGACGACGUUUGACUGGAACGUGGCCACGUCGUCGUACGCCGCCCUGGCCCAGCCGUUCUUCAGCACCUGCACCAUGUACGUCGGUAGCAUCCUCGGCGGCCUCAUCAUCCUGGCCAUUUACUACUCCAACCAGUACAACACGGCCUACCUGCCCAUCAACUCGUCGUCGGCCUUUGCCAACGACGGGACGCCCUUUGUCGUGCAAAAGGUCGUCGUCGACAACAAGCUCGACCUCGAAAGGUACCAGCGCUACUCGCCGCCCUUUUACUCGGCCGGCUACGUCCUCACCGUCGGCGCCAACUUUGCCUUUUAUCCCGUCUACUUCCUCUACAUCAUGGUCAACCAGUGGAGGACCAUGUCGCAGGCCUUUGUCGACUUCUACCACGGCCUCCGCCACGGCCGGAGCAACUACGAGGGCGCCAUGGACGUGCACAGCCGCGCCAUGUCCCGGUACGAGGAGGUGCCCGAUUGGUGGUUCAUCCUCAUCCUCGUCGGCGCCGUCGUCGUCUCCGUCGUCUUCGUCGAGAUCUACCCCGUCGACACGCCCGUCUGGCUCGUCUUCCUGCUCAUCGCCAUCAACCUCGUCUUCGCCGUGCCCCUGUCGUUCCUGUCGGCGACGACGGGCACGAACCUCGGCCUCGGCUCGCUCAUCCAGAUCAUCACCGGCUACCUGCUGCCCAACAACCCGAACGCCUUCCUCUUCGGCCAGACGCUCGGCUCCUGGGCCCUCGCCGGCUACGGCGACAACUACGUCCAGGACCAGAAGAUGGCCCACUACUGCAAGAUCGCGCCGCGGGCCGUCUUCCGGAGCCAGAUCGGCACCAUCGUCGUCACCUGCUUCGUCGCCGUCGGCGUCCAGAACUUCAUCCUCCACAACGUCGAAGGCCUCUGCACGGCCGACCAGCCGAGCCGCUUCACCUGCGCCGGCGACGGGGCCCCCCUCUACGCGAGCUCGCUCAUGUGGGGGCUCCUCGGCUCCGAUCGCAUGUUCGGCGAGCUCUACCCGCUCUUCAAGUGGUGCUUCCUCAUGGGCGCCGGCAUCGCCGUCGUCUUCCUGCUCGGGCAGGGCCUCGGGCCCAAGCAUCUGCCGGCCGUGCGGGAGCGGCUGCGUCUCCGCCUCAGCCCGGCGCUGUUUUCCCUCCUCGACAGGACGCUCUUCCCCCUCGUCGGCUCCCUGCUGUGGCUCAACCCCGUCCUCGUCAUCCAGGGGAUCCAGCACUGGGCGCCGUCGAACCUCUCGUACAAGACGCCCGGCUUCCUCCUCUCCUUCGUCUUCAUGUACUGGCUGCCGCGCCACCGGCUGGCCUGGUGGGCCAAGUACAACUACACGCUCUCGGCCGCCCUCACGGCCGGGCUGGCCGUCAGCGCCCUCGUCAUGUUCUUCGCCGUCGGCUUUCACCCCCGAAGGCUCACGUGGUGGGGGAACACGGUCAGCGGCGCGGGCGUCGACGGGAAGCAGGUCGGCAUCUACCCGAUUCCCGCACGAGGGUACUUUGGCCCCGAGAAGGGCACGUUCCCGUAG